UUUGUCCUCCGCGGUGUUCCGUAGUCGGGGGCUCAUAGGUCCGUUUCUGAAAACACAGCGUUUUUUGUCGGUUAAAUUCCUCUAGUAAAUUGUAUUUUGGUAGUGAAUUGUGCACAGUCUUACUAGUAAAAUUAAUUUAUUACAAUGGCAUACCAGCUCUACAGAAAUACGACGCUAGGAAACAGUCUGCAAGAGAGUCUUGACGAGCUAAUUCAGACCCAACAGAUCACUCCUCAGUUGGCGCUUCAGGUUCUCCUCCAGUUUGACAAAGCCAUCAACACGGCGCUGGCCAACCGGGUUCGCAACAGGGUCAACUUCAAGGGGUCACUAAACACCUAUAGAUUCUGUGACAACGUGUGGACCUUCGUUCUGAAUGACGUGGAGUUUAGGGAAGUGACAGAUCUGGUCAAGGUGGACAAAGUCAAGAUCGUCGCCUGCGAUGGGAAAAACACGGGCAAUGCUGCAGAGUGAACGAAGACGAUGGCAUCCGCUGAGACGUUACUGAUGAAGAGGAGGGUGGAGUGAGACCACCCCAUAUCACAGACAGACAGGACUGUAUAUAUAACUUAUUACAGUAAUGGCUGUGAAGAUACACUUAAACCCACACACACACACACGGGUUUGUGUGUGUGUGUGUGUGUGUGUGUGUGUGUGUGUGUGUGUAUACAACCAUCUGAAUCAAUGGGAGUGAAUGGACCAGUCAAGGCCUUGGGAUAUUGCUUGCAUGACUUUUUCUUUUUUAAAUCAAUUUGUUUCUUAGAACUGCCUUUUCAGUUUAGUUACUGUUGUUGAGCUUGUUAACCUUUAAUAAACUUUUAUUUAAAAUA